GGAUCUGAAUGUUAACCCUGUCAUCGAGACUAAGUCAGACUGGUGUUGGACUGGUGUUGGACUGAUUUUAUAAUUUACUAUUACUGUAUGAAUGCAUUUCAAUAUUAAAAUGUAUCAUCUAUUAAAAUCACAGAUUACUUAUAAUGAAAUCGAGAGAGGACACUCUUAGGACCUCAUUGGAAUUUUUCUAACAAGAAUUGUUUUAUGACUAAUACUACAAUCGUAAAUGGAGGUCAUGCAUGGGGUCCCAAACCUUUUGGCCCAUUACCUCUUAAAACAAAAGUAUCAACUUGGCUUGAAUAUUAGUUUGCAAACAAGUACUAUUUGUAGUUAUUUGUCUCAGAAAACUAAAUUAAAUAAUGGAAGGAAUAAAACAACAUGUGGAUUAAUAUGUCCAGGUGUUUGCUCUUUCUGUAAUAAGCUCAUGACAAUUUAAAUCUUGUGAUAUAAAUCCUGCCUCAGGGUAUUGAAACAGCUCUGAGCCUUCUCCUAUGAAAUGGAAAUAUGACAAAAUCUAAGCUGAGGAUCCAAAUCAUGUCCACAAGAGAACAUGGACAAUAUACUAGCGCAUAUAUUAUUUACAGAUGAAUCUACCAGUACUAUUGCUACCAACGCAAACCCUGCUGCCCAUAUUCCCAUUUAGAUAAGAUAAGAUAAGAUACAACUUUAUUGAUCCCACACCAGAGAAAGUCCCUUGUUACAUCAGCAGACAAGUCAGAAUGAGGUAUAAAAGACAAUAACAAUAUAAAAAAAGUCAACAGAAUAAAAAUAAUAUUUAUAAUAAUUCGUCAAAAGACCAUUUGAGUAAAACUGUCUUUACUAAAAAGAUCCCACAAAACACAAUUAUCUGUAUAUUGGCAUAUAUUAGCAUUAUAAUUAUUAGUAGCAUGAUAUAUAGCAUUUCAUUGUUGCUCCAUUGAUACGAGAGAGAGAAAGGGCGGAAGAGAGAGAGAGAGAGAGGGUCUUUCCUGCCUUUACCUUCCCGGUUAAAAUUGUUCUACUUGUUCAUAGUAUGGAGGCCCCACAGUGCUAAAUAAAUAAAUAAUGCAUAUCAUAUUAAGAGCCACAAUAUUUAUAAUUGGCAAUUAAACUGUAUAAAGAUGUGAUAGGCCUACAUCUUUAAAACUUAUUUAAUAUGUAUUGUAUUCAUUAUUUCAACUGUAUAUUUUCACAAUAGAGUUUUACAAGGAGUUUAUUGCAGGUAUUUUCUUUUUUGAUUCCAGCAAUUUUAAAUGUUCUAUUUUACAAAAUCACUAUUGAAGUUUACCAAUAGGGAAAAAAUGAAGCCCAACUAGUAUGGAGUGUUCCAAAUUUAUAUAAAUCAAUAAACCAAUAUCAAAUAAAUUAUUUCUAUAAAGAUGGACAAAAUCACAAUUUAUCCAAAUAAUUAAAAAAAUUCAUUAAAUACAUUUAAAGAUACAUUUUAAAAACCUAUUCUGCUCAAAGUAACGACGAAUCAAAGACCUAUAGUUCUGCCCUGUGUCUGAAAAAAUAUAAUUGAGAAAAUGGCAUUGUUCAGUCGAGAAACAAAAAUGUAAAAAAUAAAUCCUACCAGAUCCCUUUUAUUUUGUUUAACUUUAAAUGCCUUUGAUCUCCUUUGAUUUGGGCUUCAUUUUCUUGCCAUCGUCAAUGUUUUUAAUGUAAUUAAAACAUUUUUUAGCAACAAACUGUUGUUUAGAAAAAAGCUGGAUGAAUUAACAUCAUACAAAAAGUGAUCUGAGUUUAAAUUGUAUUUAUUUCCCUGUUGUUUUUUAAAGAAGGUUAUGUAUUCGCCCGGUCUGUUGAUUUGUUUGUUUGUUUUGUUGUUUGUUAGCAGGAUUACGAAAUUAACUGCUUAAACGCUUUUCCAUAAAACUGAGUGGAGUGAUGUGGGAUGAGACAUGUAAACCCCCGAUUCAGUUUUGGAGCAGAUCUGGGAAUGUUUUUAUCAGAAUAAACCAUAUCAGACAAAUUUUGAUGUCUGAUCUCUAUCUAUCCCUGAUUUGGUGCGGCUUGAUUGAAUUUAUAUAUUUCAUUUUGAACUAUUUGUGUUUCCAUAGAAACCUUCAUAUUAUCCCCAAACCCCCCUAAGUACAUAGUGGAUGGGUGGUGCACUCUCUAUAUCACAAUUUUACAUCUUGCCUUAAGGCAAAUUAGCCAUAUUCAAAUUAACAGUUUUCUAGUAUCAUUUCAUUUGGAUGACGACAUACAUAUGAACCAGUCAUAUACUAGGAUUUAUCAUGCAUGUAAAAAGGACAAUAUAUGAUUACAAAGUUUUCAAAUUGAGCAGCCUGAACUAGUUUAUGAAUUCUGAUAUCACAGCAGAGAUACAGAGGAUUACGUUGAUAUACGAUUCUUCAUGGGCUGGGUGUUGUGUGUGUACCAUGGUGGACAUGGUAAAAGGUCAGGCAGUGGCAGGUGUUUGUUAUGCGUGUACACCAAGAGCCUCAGCUGCUGCUGGACAUCGAGAGGCUGCCUGGCAGGUCAGAGUCUCAGCAGGGUCAGCCGGCUUUUUAUAGGACCGGUCGUUUAAAGACAGAAAGAUGGAGAGGCCAGCUUUACUGAUCAGCAAUUAUAUAAACACGGCAUGCGACAUGGGAGCAGAUAGCCUCAGCUGCACCGUGGCCGAGCAUGUGGAGUUCCCCCCUUCUCAUCGGAGAAUGAGACCCACAUACUGGAGGGCUCAGCUGUGUUUAUAGUAGUAAACAGAUCUGGGGUCUGAUGGUUGGAGAGAGGAGAAGGUUGCUGGUUUAAAUCCUCCUGACUGGGGGCACAAAUGUGUAUGGGUAAGUGUAAGUCAACAGAGGACAGUCAUCUUGUCGUCUAUAAUAGACCUCUUUUAUCAGUAGAAGACCCCCAAGUGCAUAGAGCUGAUUGAGAUAAUAUUGAAUUCCAAGUUUGACCGAUUUGAGGUUUUUGUUACCUCCGUCAGGGAGGUGAUGUUUUUGUCUGCGUUUGUUUAUUAGCAGGAUUACACAAAAAAGUACUGAACUGAUUUCCAUGACAUUUUGUGGAGGGAUGAGACAUAACCCAAAGAGGAAUCCAUAACAUUUAGGUUAUAAGUAUAUGUGCAGUUUGGUGCAGAUCUGGAUCAAAUGAAUUUAAAUCGGGCUUCAUAAGGAGAAUGUUGGAGACUGUUUUUUCCAAUGUCUGUUUUUAGUUUACAGUUCCAUUUUAUCCAAAUGAAAGUUUUAUUUUUUAACAGCCCUUUUCACCACAACAUCUUCACGUGUCUGUGAAGAACAACUUGUCAGAGAUUUGUUUGUGACUGAAAUCUGUCAGACAGAUGAGCUAAUUAUGACUGCCUAGCUAAAUGUGGUUUAAUUCAGGAAAGCCAACCACAAACUGUCACUCAGCACUCAUGUGUGACUUUUCAGAACAAUGGAGUUUCCACUCUAAUGGCACUUCAUUUCUGAAGAUUAAAGGAUCACUGAAAAUUGUAUUAUGGGAUUUUAGAUUUACACAAAGUAGCAUUUUAGAAUUAAGGUUUGAUUAAUCUAAUAUAGUCAUAGCACAUCGUCCAUACCAGGCAUGUAUGUUUUUGAAUAUGAAAUACGUGGUGCAGGUUAUGAAACACAGACAGGGCAGGUGAGCAGCAGGUGGAAUGCAACACACCCACGGUUGGAACAGUGACCGAGCAGCGUGCCUACACGUCGUCUGACUGCCUGGACUUUAACCUGGAAUUUGUUGAUUGUAUUUGUCUGUCAGAGAAGACAGGAGUCUGAACGACAGCUAAGGCAAUAAGGAAUACCUGGAACACUGGAGAUACUGGGCUGUUUCCAGUUUGAGUCAAACACUUCACUUUUUGUUAGUCCUCGUGUUUUGAGCUUCAUGAGACAGGCGUCUCCAUUUUUGUGCUGAGUCAUCGUUAACUGGGCCAUGAUCUCUUACCAGAAAUGCCCUGAAAGGACUCCUCCCCUUUUUAACUGUAAGGAAACACAGUUUGUGACCUUCUUACUCUGAGGUGAGAGGCACAGGAAAGGAUAACAGGAUUCAAACCCAGCACUUUCUCUAAGACGGAACAGAUACAGUAAGAAGAGCUCGGGACACUGCAUGGGAGACUGACAUGUUGCUGUUUCGGUGCAGCGCUGACUGGUUUGACUGAGGUGGGACUCAAAGUGAAAGUAACUACGACUGGCUGAGGUUGUGAUCACACUGCCUCUCUGCUGUGUUUUUUUACUCUCAUUUAUGACAGAACAUGGCUCUGCGAUCAGCCGUUGACUUUUCUUGUUCCGUCUGUUUUGAGAUUUUCAAAAACCCUGUCGUGCUGUCAUGCAGCCACAGCUUCUGUAAAGACUGUUUGCAGACCUGGUGGGCGGACAAAGUGAUUCUCCAGUGUCCAGUUUGCAAAAGAAGAUCUUCAAAGAGUGAUCCGCCAUUUAACUUGGCGUUGAGGAACCUGUGUGAAGCCUUGUUACAGGAACUUUCUCUGGAAGAGAGCACCUCUGCCGGUACUGAGGCUCUCUGCAACCUGCACUCUGAGAAACUAAAGCUCUUCUGUUUGGACCAUCAGCAGCCUGUGUGUGUCGUCUGUCGUGACUCGAGAACACACACCAAUCACAGUUUCAGACCAAUCGAUGAAGCUGCACAGGACAACAGGGAACGGCUCAGGACAUCUUUAAAGCCCUUACAGGACAAACUGGAGCACUUGAGUCAAGUUAAAGUUAACUGGGAUUUAACAGCGGAUGAAAUUAAGGCCCAGGCCAGACAAACAGAGAAGACGAUUAAAGGUGAGUUUACGAAGCUUCAGAAUUUUUUACAAAAAGAAGAAGAAGCCAGGAUGACCGCACUGAGGAAGGAAGAGGAGCAGAAGAGUGGAGUGAUGAUGCGGAGGAUUGAGGCUCUGAGCAGAGAGAUAGCAGCUCUUUCAGAAACUAUCAGAAUCACAGAGGAGGAACUGAAAACCGCAGACGUCUCGUUCCUGCAGAACUACAAUGCUGCAGUGGAAAGAGUCAAGCAGCGCCACCUGCUGGAGGAUCCAAAGCUGGCCUCUGGAGUUUUGAUAGACAUGUCAAAACAUGUGGGCAACCUCACCUUCAAAGUAUGGAUCAAGAUGAAGGGCAUGGUCUCCUACACUCCCGUGAUUCUGGACCCAAACACAGCUGAGCAAAACCUUUUACUAAGUGAAGAUCUGAGAAGUGUACGAUGUGUAGAGAGGGAGAGCCAGCUUCCGAAAAACCCAGAAAGAUUUGAUAGUUACACCACAGUCCUGGGAUCUGAGGGCUUUAACUCGGGGACUCACAGCUGGACUGUUGAAGUUCAAAAUGAUGCAAACUGGGCAGUGGGUGUGAUAGAAGAGUCUGUCCGGAGGCAAGGAGAUAUUCCGACUGGUUACUGGGAAAUAUGGUUCCAAAAUGGUAAACUCCAAGCAUACUCUCCACCACACUUGGACCGUACUCUCUCAGUGAAGAACCCGAUUCAGAGGAUCAGGGUGCAGAUGGACUGGGACAGAGGAAAGCUGUCCUUCUUUGACCUGGAUACCAACACAAACAUUUAUACCUUCUCACAGACAUUCACCAAGAAGCUGUUUCCCUUCAUGAACACCACUUCCACAGUGCAACUGAGGGUAUUACCAAUGACAGUCAAUGUACAGCUCGGGAUGUAGACAGUUAUGAGGAUGAUGACAAUCUCUUCAAUAAGACCCAUUUUAUAACUUAAUAACUGAACUCUGGGCGGAUGCUGGACUGCUCCGGGUUCCGGGCUCUUCACUGUGCUGCACCCUGUAUGCUUGUUUUAUCAGCUGGAGGGGAUGGUGUCGCCGGUUUAUCUCAUUUGUACAAGAUGUGUAUAAGGUCUGUGUUCCUUGCUUUGUUUUAUCUCCUCACGUUGUGAAAAAAAUUGAAAAGACUUACUUUAUACUCAGGCCUAUACUGCACUGACUCUGCUUGUUUGUAAUCACCCACUCCCAAAACUAAUCAGCGUUUAAUUCUGAUUAAAAAAAAAAUGAUGUCAGGUUAUGUGUGUGAUGUUUGUCGUGUAUUUUAGACAAUAAGAUUGGACACAGCUCCAACAGAUGGAAACAAUUAUGAUUACAUCUUGAUUUCAUUUGUAUGCCACUUUAUAGCGAUUAACUAUGAACUAUCUGUUACUGCUGGAAUUUAAGUCAUGCAAUUACUUAAAAUGUCGGUUAUAUAUACAGAUAUGUCAUUUGUGAUGCCUUCAUGUGCAUAAUGUGGCUAAUGUGAUUUGUGUGUUGAACCUGUACAGUGGUAGACAUACAACAGAUGUCUCACCAAGCUCCUGCAGACACGCAGUUUGUGGAAGCCGUGCUGUAUUGUAUGGGAACUUUUAUGUUUUCAUUCAGUGACCACAUGGAGGAAGUUUGUGUUUGUGUCAAGAUCAAGUUUGCUCAUUUUCAUUUCCCCGCUGUUUUCACUGGAAUGUAAAGAAUGUGAUUGUGCAGAUGCAGAAUUCUCUCCAUCAGGCACGGCAAAGAGAGAUAAACAGUAACUGUGUGAUUUGCAAACUGGUUUUCAAUUCGCCCCAUUCAACAUGUAUUUCCAUGUGUGUCACUGUUUCUACAUGACGAUAUUGAAACAGAAUUAUUUGAUACUGAGUUAUUGGUUUGUAUGCAAUAGUUCUCAGACUGUGGACCUGCUGGACAGUCCAUGUUUUUUUUUUAAACUCUGAGACAACACAUGUUUUAGAAUGGUCGCUGUAUUGGACAAAAGAGAAUUGUGAAAAGAUCAUGUGUCUUAUUAAGACGCGGUUCGUGUCAACAGAUCCUGCUUUGAUUGUAUUUGAUAAGGCACACACAUUAAUAAGGUUUUCCUGACGUUUAAUUUUAGUUUCUGCUGCUGAAAUGUUCUGGUUUUCAAAUUGAUUGUGGACCUCCCAUCCCCCCAUCUUAGUUCACUUCCCCUUUUUGGCUUCACUCAUCAAACACUGGGCUGGAGGACGACAUUUCACCACCCAGACAAAUCAAACCAAAAGUAGCCCCAGAUUUUAUAAAUUAUAUAUGAUGCACGUGUCCUAAUACUAUAAACUAAGCUGUAUAAUCUACUUUCCCAGUUAUUUUGCAGUUAAAUGAUUAACUCACUGUUCUUGCUGACAGGUUGUUCAAUCAUUUAAUCAUAAAAUGGUAAAUCCUUCCAUUAGCUUUUUUUCUGCCUGUUGCAGCACUUUUCUUGAGAUAUUUCAGCAGUUUUUGAAUGAGCAUGAUUAUUUACGCUUUUACUUCAGUAAUAGCGACAUGUGUGUAUAAGUGUAAAUACUUUUUUUUCACAGGUCUCAUGGAGAACCUGAUGCCAUGAAGCAUCCCUGAAUGAUUCUGGGACUUAAAGUGUUUCAGGGUCUUGUGCGGAGUCGGGGUCACUGGACCACUCCGCUGCUUUGAAACUAUUAUAUGAACCUUGUGGACAGACAGUAAAUGUAAUCAGGGUAAAGCAUGGAGACGAGAGCUGCGGAUGUUGGAGACUCUGGGAAAGAAGUGGGGAGCACACGUGAAGUGAAGGGGUUGAGAAAGAGAAAUGUCAACUUUUACGAUGUCUUGUCCAAAAUGACAAUAAUGACUGCUGAACAUGAUUUGAUAGUUUUUUUUCCCCACUUAGAUGUGUUUUGCAAAUGUACAGUGUCAUUCAAAAGUGUGUCACAAAUGCAGAAUGCAAUAUUACAUUAGAUGCUGUUUGUAAAUGUGUUUGUGCGUCUUUGAAAUUGAAUAAACAUGAGACCCUUUUUGCAAA